AAACAAAUCUUAUAGAUAAGUUUUAGUAUUUAUAGAUUAGAUUAAUACGUACGUACAUCGUAUUUUUCAUGCACUAAUUUAAUUAUUAUUAUCUUUAUCUAUAUAUACAAAUGUAAAUGUAAUGAUAACUUUCGUUCCUACUCGUAAGUUUGUGUGUCCAAAUCCCGAAUGUUUUGACGAAUGAGAAACAAUCUCGGAGUAUCCAAAAAGCAAAAGAGGUUGUGAGUGGCAUGGGGAAGGUGGCGGUGGCGGGGGUUUGCGCGGCGGGCGUGUGUGCGGCGGCGGCGCUGGUGGUUCGGCACCACAUGAGGAGGUCGGGGAAGUGGGGUCGCGCGGUGGAGAUUGUGAAGGAGUUUGGGGAAGAGUGUGGAACCCCAAUUGCGAAGCUAAAACAGGUUGCUGAUGCUAUGGCUGUUGAGAUGCAUGCGGGUCUUGCUUCUGAAGGUGCCAGCAAGCUCAAGAUGUUGAUCACCUAUGUUGAUAAUCUUCCUUCUGGGGAUGAGAAAGGACUGUUUUAUGCAUUGGACCUUGGUGGCACAAACUUCCGUACCCUUCGGGUGCAUUUAGGUGGAAAGGAGAAAGGCGUUGUUAACCUUGAGUCUGAAGAAGUUGCCAUUCCUCCUCAUUUGAUGACCGGUUCUUCUCAUGAAUUAUUUGAUUUUAUAGCAACAAAACUUGCAAAGUUUGUUGAGUCAGAACCUGAAGAGUUUCAUCCUCCACCUGGCAGACAAAGAGAACUGGGUUUUACCUUCUCGUUUCCAGUGAAGCAAACAUCAAUUGCAUCUGGGAGUCUAAUAAAGUGGACUAAGGGAUUCAAUAUUGAGGAUGUGGUUGGAGAAGAUGUGGUGGGUGAACUAACCAAAUCCUUUGAAAAAGUUGGUCUGGAUAUGCGUGUUGCAGCUCUAGUUAAUGACACUGUUGGAACCGUAGCUAGAGGAAGAUUCAGCAAUCAGGAUGUCAUUGCUGGAGUUAUCCUUGGUACUGGGACAAAUGCAGCCUAUGUAGAGCAUGCGCAUGCAAUUCCAAAAUGGCAUGGUCCUUUACCAAAGUCAGGAAAGAUGGUUAUAAACAUGGAGUGGGGUAAUUUCCGAUCUUCCCAUCUUCCUCUGACAGAAUAUGAUCAAGCUCUAGAUGCAGAGAGCCUAAACCCUGGAGAACAGAUUUUUGAGAAGAUAAUUUCUGGUAUGUAUUUGGGCGAUAUUGUUAGGAGAGUUUUGUUGAAGUUGGCUGAAGAAGCUGAAUUCUUUGGAGAUACUGUUCCUCCAAAAUUGAGGAUUCCUUUCAUACUUAGGACACCUGUCAUGUCUGCAAUGCAUCAUGAUACAUCUUCAGAUCUGAAGGUGGUUGGAAACAAAUUAAGGGAUAUAUUAGAGAUCCAUAACACAUCCCUGAAAAUGAGGAAGAUUGUUGUGGAACUCUGCGACAUUGUUGCUAUUCGCGGAGCCCGCCUUUCUGCUGCUGGUAUUCUAGGCAUUCUCAAGAAAAUAGGAAGAGACACGGUAAAGGGUGGGGAGAAACAGAAAUCAGUUAUAGCACUGGAUGGAGGACUGUUUGAGCACUAUACUAAAUUCAGAACUUGCUUGGAGAGUACACUAAAGGAGUUGGUAGGAGAUGAGGCAACCGAGACAAUUGGCUUCGAGCAUUCUAAUGAUGGCUCGGGAAUUGGAGCAGCCCUCCUGGCAGCUUCUCAUUCCCAGUAUUUGGGAGUGGAGGAGUCCUGAAGAUGUGGUCAAUGCCAAGUAAACAAGUGUAACAGUAGUUUCAAUUUUUUCUUAUAGAUCAACAGAUUGAAGCAGAAAAGCCUUUGUUACUUGUCCUACAGAGCUUUUAACUGGAGGGUGGACCAAGUCUGCUGUGGGGUAUUUGUAGGGCUCUGUGUUCCUGCAGCAACCUUGCUGCUUCUUUAGGUAAUUACUGGGGCAUUGUUUUGGUUAGUGUUUGUCUCUCCCACGUUAAGGAAUAAAAGGGAGAGGUGUAAGCUUUUGAAUAGUCAUGUUUUGCCAGUGUAACAUGUUUUCAACGAGAAUAAAUCAGGAUUAAUUUAUUGACAACAGUGAAGAAUUUUAAUUCAAAAAUUUUCUACGGUAUCAAUGGAGAGUUGGUGCUGU